CUCCGCUGCUUCUCCUAUUCAACUCCCGUCUCUUUGAUCGUGGCCCUUUGUUUCACACUCGGCAGACGACAGACAUAAACACCGAUCGAUAUCAGCUUCAUCAUAUCUCCCGUCAAACUCUCGACCUACUCCCUCCACACUACAAGCUGCAACGAACGAGGGAAUGGCGCUAUAACCCCACCCCCCCUACCUCGACCUCAACCAUCUAUCCUUACGGCCAUGCCACGUCUCCUCCCACGCCUCUUCGCCGCCCUCCCUUCGAAAAUCCUCCACCGCCGCACCCGCCGCGCCCGCAUGGCCACCCUCCUCCUCCUCCUUCUCAUCCUGCCCCUGAUCCUCCUCCUCCCCUUCUACACCGUCUACAAACCCCCUUCCUCCUUGAUCCGGUACUUCUCGCAACGCUGGACCGACGUCCUCUGGCGCCUUUGGCUACCGCCGCACCGCAAGAUCGUGGCCCUGACUAUCGACGAUGCGCCGUCCGAUCAUACGCGAGAGAUACUGGCUGCUUUGAAAGCCGGCGGCGCGCACGCGACGUUUUUUGUUAUUGGUGGACAGGUUAGGGGCAGGGAGGAGAUACUGAGGGAGAUUGUAAGGCAGGGACAUGAGUUGGGGAAUCAUGGGAUGCAUGAUGAGAUGGCGAGGCAGUUGGGGGAUGAGGAGCUGGAAAGGCAGAUGAGGGAGGUGGAGGGGUUGAUUAGGGGGGCUUAUGAAGCUGAGGGGAGGGUGUGGCCGGGUGGUGGUAGCUCCGGUGCUGGAGCUGGUGCUGGGGGGACAACAACAGAUGGGACAGAUACGACAACAGAUACAAGAACAAGAGAAGGAGGGACCGUUGAAGAUAAAGUCAUCGAGGGGAAAUAUUACCGGCCUGGAUCGGGAUUUUUCAGCGAGAGGAUGUUGAGCUUGGUGAGGAAGUUGGGGUAUAGAUUGGUGUUGGGGAGCAUAUAUCCGCAUGAUGCGCAGAUUGGGUAUGCGUGGUUGAAUGCGAGGCAUAUACUCAGUAUGCUGAGCCCCGGGGGGAUCAUUAUUUGUCAUGAUCGGAGGAGCUGGACGCCGCCCAUGCUGAGGAAGGUGUUGCCCGAAAUGCAGAGGAGGGGGUAUAAAGCUGUUACCGUGACGCAGCUGUUGGAGGAGGCGACGGGGUAAAUAAACAUUUCGUUGAUCGGGGAUUAUUUGAAUUACUAUAUUGCAUGUUGGCGUUAAGGAAAAGGUGCGGAGACACCAAUUUUGGUGGGAAUAGUCACCACGGAAGAGCAGUCCGCAGUGGAACAAUAUCAUUACGUUUUGCGGUCAACCUGGCUUGGAGUUUCAAAACCAAGACACGAGUGUUAUUCAAGAAGGACUGAGGCCUCCCAGUCUCUAUAACAGCGGCGGUGCCGGAGUUGCCACAUUGAUCGUGGGAGCGCAUUAGAAAAUGUCUGCCGUUGGAGUUUGAAACCACGAUUAUAU